UUGAAGGUAGCGAGAUAUAACAACGUUACUACUUGACAGCAUUCAUCUCUUGCCUUUUGAACUCUUCUUUCUACCAAAUCGGUAGCAGUUUCUUUUGCGGAUUUUUCUUUCGUUGCUGGACGUCGAAUCAACGUUUAGUUACCACCAGUUCGCGCCAAUACCCCAACAAAAAAUGGACGUGCUGACGCUUGUUUUGUUUUUCAUCGUGGCUUCACUUGCUUGGUACUGGAGGUGGGAGCGCUCUAUUUUUGUUCGACAAGUUGAGGAAAUCCCUGGACCGCCCAGAGUGUUUCUUUUUGGCAAUAUCUUUGCACUCCCUCGAGAUGGACCAGGGCUGUUACAGAUAUUUAACGUAACAUGGACGAAGGCCUAUGGCCACAUCUAUCGAUUUUGGCGAGGUAUGUUCGCAAUUGUCAACAUUUCGUCUCCCUCCGAUGUCGAGGUCAUUUUGACUAGCCAAGUUCACAUCAAUAAAAGCAUUACCGGUGCUUUUCUGUUACCAUGGCUUGGUGAUGGCCUUUUACUGUCUGCAGGUGACAAAUGGAGAAAAGAUCGAAAAUUGCUGACUCCGGCAUUCCACUUUCAAAUUCUUGAUGGCUUCUUCGACGUUUUUAAUCGCAAUUCUGAAAUCUUUGUCGAGCAAAUCAAGAAAAGAUUGUUGGUGGAAAUCGAGAUUGAUGUUUAUCCAAUGAUUUCACGAUGUACGCUGGACAUCAUUUGUGAGGCUGCAAUGGGAAUCCAGAUUGAUGCCCAAUUGAAUUACGAUUCCGAAUAUAUCACAGCAAUUGACAGAAUCGAAACGAUGAUUCAAGGAAGAAUCAACUCUCUUCUUGGCCUGCUGCCAGAUUGGUUCUACUUCCAAUUCACGCCCCAUGGACGUAAACUUCAAAAAUUCUUAGAUCUUGUUCACGGUUUCACACGAAAGGUUAUGAUGGCUAGGAAGGCCAUAGUAGACGAACAAUUGGCCGACGAAGCUGCCACGGAAAAUGAAUCAGGAAAAAGAAAAAGACGAGCUUUUCUAGACUUGUUGUUAGAAGCUGCCCGGAAAGGGGCUGCUAUGAGCGAGACAGACAUAAUUAGCCAAGUCGACACUUUCAUGUUUGAGGGUCACGACACCACAUCGGCUGCCGUUACCUGGUUCUUAUACUGCAUGGCAACACAUCCGCAUGAACAGGAUCGAGUUUACCAAGAGCUGCAGGACUGUUUUGGUGAUUCGGACCGGCCUUGCACCCUAGAAGAUUUAUCAAAGUUGAAGCAUCUUGACUGUUGCAUCAAAGAAUCAUUGCGUCUACAUCCGCCAGUGCCCUUUAUUCGACGCGGUAUCUAUCAGGACGUCCGUUUGAGUGGCCACAAGAUUCCAGCCAACACAUCCUUAGGAAUUCAAAUUUACGCUUUACACCAUAACGAAGAAUUCUUUCCAGAACCAGAAGCAUACAAGCCGGAACGAUUUCUACCCGAUCAAGCGAUUGGUCGAAACCCAUUUGCUUAUGUGCCAUUCAGUGCUGGGCCACGAAACUGCAUCGGCCAAAAAUUCGCUCUUUAUGAAGAUAAGGUGAUUGUGACAACUCUACUUCGUCAGUUCCGAUUUGAUGUGAAUCCGCAUCGUCUCCCAAUACGAGAGUCACUGAAUAUGAUUCUUAAACCAGACGGUGGUAUGCCCUUACUCAUCACACCUCGCUGUUAAACGGAAUUAUAUCAACAAGCGUCGUUUACCUUAUUCAUCCUUUCAACAUUGCCCAGAAUUCGCGAAAGUAAAGUUCAGAGAUUAAGUUUCAGCUUGUCAAACAUGUAGCGGCUUGGCAGGUAUUUCACAUUUCUAGACGUAAGUGAGAAAGUGAGUUUUUAUUAUGAUACCACAGACAAACAAGUUGAACUGCUAAUUGACGCAUUUCUUUUGGUUUGUCCUGUGGUUGUUGCAAAACAGAAUUAAAACUCUUAAAGAAUUUUAUUGCAAACUUCCUUAAACCCCGUUAGAUUAAACAAUUUAGAAAAUGGCAUACGAUAUUGGCUCUCAAUAUGAAAAGGCAAUGUUGA